AUGAUAGGUCGGAAUAGUAGAGGUCUGCGGGACAGUCCCAGUCCCGGUCCCGUGGGACUUUUUACGGAACCGGGACCGGGACCUAGAGGUCUGCGCGACGGUCCCAGUCCUGCGGGAUUGCCCCAGUCCUGCGGGAUUGCCCCAGUUAGGUUAGGUUUAACCUGCAGAGCUCCGAUUGAAUGUCUAGUUUUGGAUUAUGCAUUAUUUUCUGAACGAGAUUCUGAUCGAAAAUUUUUGGCUCGGUCCGAUGAUGAAGCUUUCCGGACCAAGUUCGGCUCAGCCCAACCAAAUGUAAAAUUUAUCUAG